GCAGCCCAUAUAUGCGCUUCGCCUCGUGCAUGAGCUCAUUCCUCUCGGUGCGCGUGCGCGCGGCAGUGCCACUCCUGCACUUGAUACCUGAUGCAUGAACAUGAAACGUACUCCACUGGCGGCAAUCAGGGGGAGCGAGUGAAUGAAUGCAAUCAGUCAUGCUGUUACAUCUCUGCAUGACUGUACCCAGCUCGCGGCUCCGUUUCCGGCAGCGGCCGCCGCACGCGCCGCUCCCGCAGGCUCCCGUGCGUAAACGCGUUGCGCACCGCGCCACGGUCAUUCUCAGCGCCGCGCGGCUCCACCUGCUCUGCUCUGCUUUCUGACGGCCCAGAACGAGAACCGGAGCCCUCUAGCCCCGGCACCGCGCCCCUGCCGGCCCGCCCAGUGUUCCCGGGUCUCCUGGUUGCGUGGAAACUAAAAGGCUGCGCUCGCGGAGCGGCGCGGCGCGGCGCGGCGCGCGCCCUGAAGCGCAGCAGCAUUUCCAGCGGCGCGGCGCGGCUGCCGGAGCGUCUCUCUCUCUCUCUCUCUCUCCUUCUUCUCUCUCUCUCUUUCUCUCUUCUCCGCACAAGUUGAACGAGGACCUGAUGGAAGCGAAGCCGAGAGCCCGAGAGAGCUGCUCCUGAUCCGCUGGACCCUUUGGUUUUCCGGCUCCGGCUCAGAAAAGAGAAGGCAUCAUGGAAAGAAGAGGGAAAGCGGCGAAGACGUGAGUGUUCAGCUGUUACCGGGGUGGUUGAGGCGGACUCGGGCCCCCGGUCCCUGAAGCAUGCCCCACAAUGCCCCUGCUUGCAGACUGGCUGCUGCGCCACUCGGUGGUCAUGUGUCUGCUGCUGCACAGCUUGGUGCUGAUGACCUUCUGCUUCCAUCACGCCGCCACCAGCUGCUCCAAGAGCUGCUACUGCUCGGAGAGUGAGGGCGGCGGCAAGACGGUGCGCUGCAGCAACCUGCAGCUGACGGAGGUCCCGCAGGACCUCCCCAACGACACCCGCCGCGUCUACCUGGACUUCAACCUCAUCGCCGCCGUCCCGCCCAACGCCUUCGCGGGUCUGCCGCACCUCGCGGAGCUGGACCUGUCGCACAACGAGCUGAGCCAGCUGGAGCCCGGGGCCUUCAGGGGCCUCGGCGCCUCGCUGCAGUUCAUCGACUUGUCCUCCAACAAACUGGUGAACUUCAACGCCGAGGCCUUCGAGGGCCUGCGGGCCCGAGCCAAUCUGACGAACAAUCCGUGGCACUGCGACUGCAACAUGCAGAUGGCCAUGCCGCACGUGGACCUGGAGCCCGCCUCCCUCGCGGGCAUCGUGUGCCAGACCUCGGAUCCCAAGGAGAUAGGCGUUGAGGGACUCGCCUUCCUGCUGGCGCCGGACGUAGACCUGUGCGCGGUGAUGAAGAGGACUACGGACGUGGCCAUGCUGGUGGUCAUGUUCGGCUGGUUCACCAUGGUCAUCUCCUACCUGGUCUACUACGUCAGGGCCAAUCAGGAGGACGCGCGCCGGCACCUGGAGUACCUCAAAUCUCUGCCCAGCAGGCAGGGCAAGUCCGAGGAGUCUUCCACCAUCAGUACUGUGGUCUGACGCCGCCGGGUCUCGCGGCGAGCGGGACCGACGUACAGGCCCUGCAGACAAGGUCAUCAUCGGUCUGGGUUUUUUCCCCAGCCGUUGUCACGGAGCCAAGCCGGGCAAUAAAACAAGCGCCGGCACAGGGAAAGCCGGCAGAUGCAACCCGGCCAGGAUGAAUAAUUCACCUCGCUGCCGCCCAUUAGAAGGUCCUGUUGUACUGAGAUGAUGGUCCGCCAGUGAAAGCAGCGGCAUGUUUUUUUGUCGAACAUCCAAAAAUGGGAUACAAAUGGAAUUUCUCCAGUGGUGCAUGCGCCUCGACACACCUCUCGAACGCCGACGGUGCAGGAGGCGGCGUCAAACAGCAAUACGCACGGCGGGACGGCGCCGCCGCGAGAAGACUCCACGCGCAACUGUUUUACAUCCAGACCCUGAAGGAACCCACUGUUAUAAUAAAAGUAAAAAUAUGUU